AUGUUCGUGAAGGCGGUGACUGGUUUGACGGAUGCCAAAAAACGUGCAGUUCGUGAAAUGGGCCUGGGCAGUUUGUUGGAUCUGGCAAUAACAAGUGCUCCGUCCAAGAUGGGCUUCUGGUUGGUGGAAAAUUUCAAUCACAUGGACCGUAAACUUCAGUUGUACGGUGGUGAAAAGGUGCAUGUUAAGGAAUACGACGUUCACGCCGUUCUUGGACUGCCUCAUGGAGAGAUCGAAAUAUCAAAUAAGAAGAAGAGAGCUUCAUCUACGUUGCUUGACGAGUGGAUUCGAAUGUUUGAUGUGAGAAACACGUCAAAUAUAACGACAUCAAAGGUAUUAGAGAAAAUGGACACGUGUGUUGACGGUGAUGAUUGGUUUAAGAGACACUUCAUCGUCCUUAUGGUGUCAUGCUUAUUCGAGAGCUGCCUAAAUGGCAUGGCGAACUUCCGCUUGUUACAUGCCUUUGCUGACUUGUCAACGGUCAGCAAGAUUAAUUGGUGCUCGUAUAUGAUCCAGUGCUUGGUCGACACGAAGAGAGCGUGGGAAUCAAACGGCAAAAAAAACAAGUACUCGGGGCCCUUGCUAUUUUUGACGCUGUUCUACGUAGACAGAGUAGUCUUGUCUGUGAGAUCGGUUCCAAGAACGUUCCCGACGUUUAUUUCAUGGAGUAAUGUGUCGCUACGGGCCAGAGAACGUGACGAGAUCUCUUCUGGAGCGUUUGGUAGGGGUUUCGUUGACACAGAAUUGUGCUUGCUAGCCGAUAGUCGCCAGUUGGAUAAGACUGUUCCCAAAACAUACGACAAUGACGCUGGAUGCUCGGAGGGACACAACAUACAGGAUUAUGUGCAAGAAUUUGCAUCUAAAACUCUCCUGCUCGCCACAACCGGAACUGAAAUACUAUGGCUAGUUGAAAAGGCGCCGCAAAUUUUACUUGGAGAUGACAAUUUCGUGAAAAUGCGUGAUGUUGUUUGGAUAUUGCUUGGGGUGUAUAUCGAAGUACCUCAGUCUGAAAAGAUUGAUCGGCGAUUGAUGAAAUCUUUAGGGCGGUCAAACAACGGGACUGUUUCCGGGUUGCAACGCGAGGGUUAUCCUAGUUAUAGCUUGGGAUUCUCAUCGGAUGAUGAUGUUGCUGACGACCCCCCUCGAGAUGCGAGUGGUGCGGAUGUGAAUCCCGGCCAUGAUAUAGAUGCACCCACGGUUUUAGUAGACGUGCCAAAAGGCGUUGACGUUUCAUCUGAUAAAACGACGACUGUUGUAGAAGGCGGUCUUCCAAUUGGGGCUGAUUUACAUGUCGUCCCGACGGUUAAUGAAGUUCGCGGAGUGCAAACUGGUGCUGAAUGCGCUGUUUUACCAUCCAGCCCUAUGAUCGAUGAAGAACAUGGACUGAAAUCUCAGGCUGGUGCUGCUGUUUUGACUGUCACCCCGAUGGUUGAUGAAGAACGUGGACUAAUAACAGCUAAUGUGUCGAAGAGGUCCCGUGAUGAUCCGGACCCUGCUGCUGCUCUUGUCAAGCGCACAAAAACUGGGGUGCGUCCAGUGAGGCAGCCCCGUAGUGACAAAACGAAUGAUGGUGACUCUCGACGAUGCCUGACUGAAAUUCCAAAGAAACAUCACGAUAAGGGAAAGGUGAAUGCAGCAGAUAAGGGAAAGAUGAAAGUUUUUGUUAACCAUGUAGAUGACCACGAUAUUGAUGAUGAUGCUGAUAUUAAUAUCGACAAUGACGGUGCCUUCCCAAGUGUAACCACUAGAUCUUCUGCAACUAUGUUCGUGAAGGCGGUGACUGGUUUGACGGAUGCCAAAAAACGUGCAGUUCGUGAAAUGGGUCUGGGCAGUUUGUUGGAUCUGGCAAUAACAAGUGCUCCGUCCAAGAUGGGCUUCUGGUUGGUGGAAAAUUUCAAUCACAUGGACCGUAAACUUCAGUUGUACGGUGGUGAAAAGGUGCAUGUUAAGGAAUACGACGUUCACGCCGUUCUUGGACUGCCUCAUGAAGAGAUCGAAAUCUCAAAUAAGAAGAAGAGAGCUUCAUCUACGUUGCUUGACGAGUGGAUUCGAAUGUUUGAUGUGAGAAACACGUCAAAUAUAACGACAUCAAAGGUAUUAGAGAAAAUGGACGCGUGUGUUGACGGUGAUGAUUGGUUUAAGAGACACUUCAUCGUCCUUAUAGUGUCAUGCUUAUUCGAGAGCUGCCUAAAUGGCAUGGCGAACUUCCGCUUGUUACAUGCCUUUGAUGACUUGUCAACGCUGUUCUACGUAGACAGAGUAGUCUUGUCUGUGAGAUCGGUUCCAAGAACGUUCCCGACGUUUAUUUCAUGGAGUAACGUGUCGCUACAGGCCAGAGAACGUGACGAGAUCUCUUCUGGAGCGUUUGGUAGGGGUUUCGUUGACACAGAAUUGUGCUUGCUAGCCGAUAGUCGCCAGUUGGAUAAGACUGUUCCCAAAACAUACGACAAUGACGCUGGAUGUUCGGAGGGACACAACAUACAGGCUUUUGUGCAAGAAUUUGCAUCUAAAACUCUCCUGCUCGCCACAACCGGAACUGAAAUACUACGGCUAGUUGAAAAGGCGCCGCAAAUUUUACUUGGAGAUGACAAUUUCGUGAAAAUGCGUGAUGCUGUUUGGAUAUUGAUUGGGGUGUAUAUCGAAGUACCUCAGUCUGAAAAGAUUGAUGUAACUAAGGAUAAUACCAACUGUGCCCCAUCUCAGACCGUUGACGAUGCUUUUUGGAAUGACCCUAAGACGUUAGCGGCGAUUGAUGAAAUCUUUAGGGCGGUCAAACAACGGGACCAUUUCCGGAGGUCGCAACGCGAGGGUUAUCCUAGUUAUAGCUUGGGACUCUCAUCGGAUGAUGAUGUUGCUGACGACCCCCCUCGAUAUGCGAGUGGUGCAGAUGUGAAUCCCGGCCAUGAUAUAGAUGCACCCACGGUUUUAGUAGACGUGCCAAAAGGCGUUGACGUUUCAUCUGAUAAAACGACGACUGUUGUAGAAGGCGGUCUUCCAAUUGGAACUGAUUUACAUGCCGUCCCGACGGUUAAUGAAGUUCGCGGAGUGCAAACUGGUGCUGAAUGCGCUGUUUUACCGUCCAGCCCUAUGAUCGAUGAAGAACAUGGACUGAAAUCUCAGGCUGGUGCUGCUGUUUUGACUGCCACCCCGAUGGUUGAUGAAGAACGUGGACUAAUAACAGACAACAACGAUGAUGUAGCUCGUGAGGACGGCACACAGGGUUCACCGAGGCCGAAGAGGCAUAUCAAGGCUUCAAGUUUUGUCAAAUCCCCCUUCAUGGAGAGGACAAUUGACGUUGUUAAGAAGCUUGACAAUCAUGAGAAAAUGAUUGCUGCAUGGGCAUUGAAAAAAGAUACGUCUGACGAGAAGGAGCUGUUGGAUUUGUGGUCGUUCAUCCUGAAUUAUAACGAGAAAUUCAGGAGCCGUGGUUCAUUUAUAUUUCCCGUCCACUCCGAGGUGUGUUCGGUUUUAUUGUGCGCGGCGCCGGAUUUCCGAAAGUUCGUUGUACUUGACAGCACUCAACACGUAACAGAUGGAACUGUUAAAAAAACACUCAUGUCCCGCGCUGACCUAUUGAAACAAUCUUUCUCGAAGUAUCUAGGCGAGAGAAAUGUUGUUGGAAAAUCGAAGGCAGUCGCAAUGUCCAUUCCAGACGUGAUUGACAUAGGCUGGACUGAAGGGAUUGACGAGGCAGACGUUGGAGUCAUCACGAUGCGCCACAUGGAGACAUUUAAGGGCGGUUUUGCUAAAAGUUGGAAUCAUCAACUGAGGAAGGGAGACAAAGGACAGCUGAAGCUUAUGCGAAAGCGGUAUAGCUGCGUCAUAUCUUGUGCCCCCAACAAUGAUCUGCAGGACGACAACCACACAGCAGCGAUGAUGUACCACCCCGUAUAUAUGGCAAAUAAGAAGCGUAAAUUGCCGUGA